CUCCAGAAAUAAAAAUCAAAUGGAAACCUGAGUUCAGAGAACUAGAAAACCAUUUUAUGAUACCAUCAUAGUCAUUAUUGCAACCUUUGACUCAUAUUUAUGUAAUUGUUAUUAACAAUUUAAACGGAAGAAAUCUGACAUUAGUAAAAUGGAAAAAAGGAAAGGAGAACAUUUCAAUCAAAAUAAUGAAACUGAAAAGAAAAAGAAGUAUCUGAAGAUUACUAAAGAUAAAGAAAUUUCGUUUGACAGUAUUGAUAAAGAUCAUUUCGAUUUGUCUCAAGGAAAACCUGGAAAUUCUUCAAAUGAUACACCUGUUAGAGCAGGACAGCAAACAAAUCAAAUAACCAAUGUGGUAGCGAUGGAUUGUGAAAUGGUGGGGGUAGACAAAGGUUCAAUGCUUGCCAGAGUGUCAAUAGUAAAUUCUAUGGGAUGCUGUAUAUAUGACAAAUAUGUGAAACCAAAGAAAACUAUUACUGACUACAGAACUGCCGUCAGCGGAAUCAGACCAAAAGAUUUAAUAAAUGGUGAAGAAUUUGAAGUCGUACAGAAAGAAGUAAGUGAUAUUUUAAAACAAAGGAUUCUUGUUGGACAUGCUAUACAUAAUGAUUUAAAGGUUCUUCGUUUGAGCCAUCCUAAAAACAAAAUUCGAGACACAAGUAGAUAUGAAUAUUUCUGUUCAUUAACAAGAAAUAAGACACCAUCUUUAAAAACUUUGGCAAUGGAAAUAUUAAAAGUAAAAAUUCAAGAAGGGGAACAUGAUUCUGUACAGGACGCUCAGACGGCCAUGCGACUCUAUAUCAUGUACCGCGAGGAAUGGGAAGACAAACUAAUUAAAACAAAAAGAGCUGUCAAGAAAAAGAGUUCGAACAAAGAGGAUAAAUGAGUUAUAAAUUAAUUUAUGGAUAUGUACUU